UUUACAAUAUGGCCAGCGUUAAUGACUUUUUCAGCAUCCCAAGAUGACUCGCCUUUCUUGCGAUGAACUUAUUCCUUUUGGCCAAAAUUUGUGUGAUUCUGGCCGUAGUACUGCCCAGUCUGCAGCAGGAUGAUGAGUUUGGCAAUGACUACAUGGUGGAUGAGCUGCCAGGCCAGAGAGAAAAGACCGGGGCCAGACCCAAGUCCGCCAGGGAAGCCAUGAGGCAAGCCUCCCGGUUGGCCCAGAAGCUUCCAAGAAGUGAUGAAUCUGACCAAUCCUACGCUAUCUUACAAGGCCCUGCCCUAGGAGGAGCAAGAGGGCUGAGGGUCCAAGUUAGUGACACAAUAGCAGUAACCACACCAAGAUACAAUUCCAGACGCCCUCGCAACCUAAGAAAGUUUCAGAGAGCAAGUUCAGAUGAGAUUCCUGUAGCAAGACGUAGAACUAAUGACCAAAUACCCUCUCUUCCGGACAGUUUCAGUCAACGGCAUAGUUCAGGAAGGUCUGUCCGUCGUUCAAGACCAUUGGAAAGAGAUCGUUACAAGUACUUGAAGAAACAGAAGAGACCUCGAGAAAAAAGAGCGAUAGAAGACAGAACAAGGGGCAAUGUAUUCAAUCUGCCUCCAAUGACAAAUGAAGAAGAUGCCAAGAAGAAAAAAAAGAAGAAAAAGAAAAAGAAGAAAUCCAUUACUGAUGCCCCACCCACAAUGAGAAAGAUUCAAAAGAAAUCAAAGAAAUUUCGUAUUUAUAUGGAAAGUGAGGAGUUGGCAUUGGGCAAAACCAAAGGGAAGGCUUCUCAUCCAAACAUUGUUGAAAAUCUCUCCAAAGAGCUGGAUCAGCUAUUGAAAAAAUCAAAGGAUAUAGAAGAACAGACCUCACAGACAAUGAAGAUGACAACAAAAAAAUCAAAAUUUGUUUGGAUUCCUAAAAAUUGGCCGAAUCCACCAUCUUGGAGACCUCCCACCAGAGGCCCUGGAAAAGGGGUGUUUCGUGGGCGUCUUCGACCAUACUCAGAGGAGAUUGUAACCAUUGGACCGCAGAUCAUGAGCGAAGAGAGUCCUGAGGUUAAGGAUGCAAGACCGAUGGCUGUAGAUGAAUCCAGCACCUUAUUUAAUUGGAAGGAAUUUGACCACCCUCUUACCUCAGGGAAGGAAAAGCUAGUGUUCAAGCCACCUCCUGAGGACUGGCCAGAACCCACCCAUCCAGCAGAUGGGGUUUACGAUUGGCAUAAGUCACAGUUUAAGAGAGGUCCAAAAGUAAGAAGACCCCUCUAUGUAACCUUUCCUCCUCGAAUGAGCAGCAAUCAGAAACAUUACUCCACUCCUUGGGCCUGGGCUAAAGCUGCUGACGAGCAGAUUGCAAUGUUUCGUCGCAAUGAUAUGUGGCAGACAAAGCCUUAUGUAAGACCAACACUGCCUACUUUAGGACCUCUACCGAGUACAUGGCCUACAAUCGGUACCAAACGGAUCUUCUCCUUACCACCACAGAACAAGGUCCAAGCAGAUAUUGACAUUAACAGGUUGUACUACAACCAAGGUCAGAGAUCAGGGAAGAGAUGUGCCAAGGUAGAACAAAUACAAGAAAAAGGGGAACUUCAUUUGUUUUCGAAGAAGCAAGGACAAGUGGAUGAAAUACACCUGACUACUGGAAUGCCUUUAGCGCCUGUGGAUUGGAGGAAAGUAGAUCCUUCAGAAUUAAAGGACGGAGUCGGAGCCCCUGACCUGAACCAUGUUACCCAUCAGGAGAGCCACCAUCAGAGCUAUCACUACGGUCAAGACCAUGCGGCGUGGCAGGGGCACUCCCAGGGGGUGCGAAGGGGGAGUCAGUCUCAUACACAGUACCACGGAUACCAACAUUACUACGCCAACUACACCAACUACUACAGCCAGUACUACCAGAACUAUUACAGUCAACUGGCCAAUAAGAGUGCAGUCUACCACCAAGAGAAAGCUCACCAUUUUCAGGACAAAAAUUCAGUCUCAGGCCACUAUCAGAGUCACUACGUCUAUCAGGGCCAAGCGUCCAGGCAGUCAGAACUAAGGCCUCCAGCCUACUUUUAUAAUCCACAUGAAGAAUCCUUCUCUAAAACUCCCCCUAAUGAAGAAACAAAUGAUGCCAUUGCUGAUGGACCUCCUCCUACUUUAGAAAUCCCAUAUCGAUUUCCUAACGAGUAUGCUGGCAAUGAUAGGGACUUAAGGGUUCCUCUGCAACCUAAGGAAGGGUACAAGCCUCACUCUCAGGUCUGGGGGCCUCACCGUGUCAGAAGACCUGGCCCACUUCGAAGAGGAUACCAGACACGAUACAGACGCACAGGAGGGUUCCGCCCUACUGGGUACCGUAGCAUCUUCACUGCCCCACUACACAAGGUGUCAUGGACCACUGCCAUCCCUCACUGACACCUAUCUUUGAAGUCUUUCUAUAGCAUCAUGUCACCUUCACAAAACUCUGUUACUUGGCGGUUUUAGUGAAAUAUCUAACCAACACCCAAAAACUAAAAGAUUAGGAAUAGUGUCUGAA